AUGUUAUCUAUCAACGGGCUAAUGACCGACCUAGGGUUGGCGAUCAGUAUACUCGUCGUCUCCCAUCUCCUCUGGAACUAUCUGUCUUCCCCUUUGAAGUCUUUUCCGGGGCCUUUCUGGGCCAGUUUCACCAAUCUGUGGCGUCUCCACGAUGUCUUCAAGGGCCGAUGUGACAUCACGCACAACCAACUGCACCGUAAAUAUGGCGCUGCGGUGCGGAUGGGCCCCAAGGUUCUCAGUAUCUCAGACCCAAGCGUCAUUCCCCAGGUCUUCAAUUCCAAGAAUCCAUGGAUAAAGAGUAAUAUGUACAAUGUGAAUGAUGUGGUUGUCUCCGGAGUGCGCCUAAAGAACCUCUUCUCGCAUCAGGAUGAAAAGUGGCACUCGACGUACAUCCGACCGGUGAAGGGACUCUAUUCGAUGACCAAGGUCCAGGACAUGGAACCAGGUGUAGAUGUGACCAUUAACCUCUUCAUGGAUAAAUUGCGGGAGAGAUUUGUCGGCAAGGCCACCCCUUGCGACAUGGCGGAUUACCUCAACUUCUUUGCAUGGGACGUGAUGAGUCAAAUCACGUUCUCCAAGAACCUGGGAAUCUUAGAUGCAGGAUCGGACUAUCAAGGCUUCCUGGGCCGAUCGAACAAAAGUCUCGACUACUUUGCCUCGGUCUCUCAAAUGCCCUUGUUAGACUUGGUCCUAGACAAGAACCCAAUCGUGCGUCUCGGUCCACCCACAUUUGUGUGGGCCAAUAUCUUCAGUCUAGAGCAGCUCCAGAAACGUCUGAGUGGUGGAAGUCCCCCUAGCGGUCACGCUGACUUCCUCGACAAGUUCCUAGAAACCAAGGAGAAGUAUCCCGAUCUGGUAGAUAACAACAUGAUCGUUACCUAUCUCUUGUCCAAUACUCUGGCCGGUAGCGAUACCACCGGUAGCGCCAUGUGCUCCGCGCUUUAUCAUGUCUUGAAGCACCCGCACGUCCAUAAGAAGCUACGCGACGAACUAUACUCCGCCAAGCUCCCCUUACCAGCCAAAUGGAAGGACCUCCAGAGCCUCAAAUACCUCGACGCCGUGAUGCGAGAGUCCAUGCGAGUCAACCCCGGUGUCGGCCUCAUGAUCGAGCGGGUUGUUCCCCAGGGUGGAUUUACCCUGCCCGAUGGGCGUUUUAUCCCCGAAGGCACUAUAGUCGGCAUGAACCCCUGGGUAAUCAAUAAGAACGAGGGUGUCUUUGGUGCAAACCCCGACACAUUUAUUCCGGAGCGUUGGCUGCCAAGACCUGGCGAAACUGACGAAGCCUACCAAGCACGAUUCUCGAAAAUGAAGGGCACCGACUUUACCUUUGGGGCUGGCCCCCGAAUGUGUAUGGGCCGGUAUCUCUCCCAGCUCGAGAGCUAUAAACUAAUCGCGACUCUCUUUUGCACCUUUGAGAUGGAACUUCCUCGUCCGGAUCAUCGGUGGCAUGUCACCAACUCGUGGUUCGUGAGACACGAGAGCAUUCCUGUGCAUAUGAGGGAGCGUGCGGAUCUAUCUAUCCACGUUUAA